UGCCGACAGAGUAGGACUAUGGAAGUCGGCGUGAAAAACGUCGGAAGGACGUGACUGCGAAACCAGAUUGGCAACAAAGAUUCAUAGCCGUUGUGCAAGACAAUCCAUCACAAUAGCGCGGUUAAACUCAAACCCAGGGGACGCAAAUAUACAGAAAUGACUUGCGUUUCGGGCUCUGCGCUGAAAUAAGAGGCUUAAAGCAGUCUGACGUCAUCGCGUCCGUCCGGGUUCCUUUUACGCGCAAAGCUGUCUUAAAAACUUAGCGGGGGACGUUUUUCUUUCUUUACAUUGUGUCCGUUUUCAACCCAGUCCGAGACGUUUGGAUUGAGGACAACGCAGAUUUACAUCCUCUUGUUCGGUGCCUUGUCAGGUCUUUACCAAAUAUAGUCGGCGUUACUGCUGGAAUGUCCUUGGCGGCGCGGCGUGGUCCGGGACUUGGUGCUUGCAACGCUGCCAAAGUUUAUAAUUAAAAGAUUGGCCCGGGUCGGUUUGAACAGUGUAAAACUUACAUAAAUAUCGUUCCCUCCUUUUUUGAUGGGCCAAUUCGGGCUGUCGGUUGUUAAUCGGUAUUUGCACAAGUGUGUGAGCACGGCACACGUAUUUCUAACUACUGCAAAUUAAUGUGUUGUGCAAAAAACAAAAAAAAUCCCACUGCUUUUGCACGAGCGCUAUCGACAGAAGCCAUUUUUAAAUACUGGAUUUGUAAACCUGGCCAAGGCACACUGAACUUGGCUUCAGAUCUGCUCUCCUCACGCCGGAUUCAACAUUUUCUUUUUUAUUUAUUUUAAUUUUUUUUGCGGGGGGGGGGGCAACCUACAACGAUGUCUUCCGCGUCGGGUCAUAAACCGACCCAAUGCACCAUGCCUCGUUUUUUACCAUCUAUGUGCCUCUUGCUGCUCGGUUUAGCGGCGCAGUGUGCUGGGCAGGCCACGCCGUCGACGGAGAACCCUCCGCCGGCUGCAUCCCCGGUCAGUCUCCGCGCCCUCAUCAUGGGAACCUGCGAGGAAGUCCACCGAUUCGUGGAGUCUAUCGUGGGGACCCGUGUGAUUGACUCGACAGUCGAGUUUGUGGAGACAGUGAUCCGAUUCCUAGCUGAAGGAGCUGCAAGUGGCCUGAAUGUAAUAGCUGUUUAUGUCACCGAAAUCCUCAGGGUCACUGGCAUUGAUGUCCCUCUGCCAUUCCCCCGCUUCACUCCAGAGGGCGUCACCUCAGUUGCCCAGUGGGGCCUGUUGGCCCUCAUUGGCUACUGGCUGCUGACUGUCCUCCUCCGCCUGUUAAUCGGCACGGUGAGGCGGGUGUUCUGGAUGCUGAAAACCGUCAUGGCGCUCUGGCUCUUCGGGCUGAUCGUUAGCGACAGCGGCGCCAAGUCAGACACCACGGCGGUACGACUGGCCGUGUUGGUGCUGGGAUACGUCUUGUUAGGACUUGUCACCUCUGGCUCAGAAAAGACAGUCGUGGUGGAGAACCGGCUGAGCAGCCUGGAAGGACGGCUGAAGGCAGUGGAGAGGAGGAAACGGGAAGAGUGAUGGAGAAAGGUGGAGGAAAAGCAUUUGAAAUGGGCAAGAUUGAUGGUAAUGUUGGUUAAGGCUAUGGUAAUGUUGAUGGUGUCUGUGUGUGUAUUAGUUAAGCAAAAUAAAGUAACCUCGGAGUUUUUAAUUGGUGGUGUUUAUUUUACUCGUCUCAAGUGUGUUGGAAUUACAAUUGAACUGUGAAAAUUGGAUUAAAAAGUACACAAGCUAUUCAGUAUAUGAUAGCUGCAAAUCAUCAACACUAGACAUAUAACGGCAACAGGAGAGAGCAAUGCCUCUACACAUAAUGUACAUAUUUGUCCAAUAUACUUCCCUUGAUGACAAAAACAGUAACAAUGACAGCAAGGUUUUUUUGAGUAGGUCACAUAUGUACCAUCUUGGAUUUUUCACUCUUAGUCCAGACUCUGCAUGUAGUCCACACUUCGCAUCUUCAGUCAUUAUUCUAUCAGUAAUAACACUAA